GCAGGCCCGGGCGGGGGUAUAGGGGCGUGAACAGCUCACAGGACAUUAUUACUAAACCGUACACACGGAGAUCCCCGGACAGCGGCCUGUCAUAUAGGCUCAUGCCCUUAGUCACUAAGGCGAGCUGUCAUUCAGCGAGGUUCAGGUGAAUACUUUUGAGGGGGGCAGUUUAAAGCUUGUGUCACUCACCUGUCUGUAGUUGAAGGCUGACUACAUCAUUUAGGAAUGGGAGCACUCCUUUCCAGGUGGAGGGCAAAGCCCACUACUGUUGAAAUAUUGGAGAAAAUGGAAAAGGAUAUUCAGUGUUUAGAGGAAUUUCGCGAUAAAAAUCAGAAACUGCGGAAGAUUUGGGUUGGAAGAUUGCUCAUCUACUCCUCGAUCCUCUACCUGUUUACAUGUUUCGUUGUUUAUUUGUGGUACAUUCCUGAUGGACUCACAGCAAAACUUUUGAUAAUCUUCCCAUUUUUGUUGUUUCCAGUACUAAUAUGGUUUGUAAGGACGCUACUUAUUGUGUGGUUUGGACGAAGGAUGGAGAGAAACAAUGAUGCAUUAGAAGAUUUAAAGGCACAAAAGAAGAAAAUACUUGAAGAAGUAAUGGAAAAAGAAACAUAUAAAGCAGCCAAAUUAAUCCUUGAAAGGUUCGAUCCAGAUUCCAAGAAGAUAAAAGAUCUUGAACACCCUGUUGCUGGCGCACCCAUUACUCCAAGGCCAGGUCAAGAUCUGCGCCAGAGGACGGCAGCUCAAAGAAAUAUAAGUGUGUCUACUCCAGUAAACCAGAGCCAGGGAUCUCCACAAGUUGCAAUGCUGUUGGCGGCAACUCCAGGUCUUCAAAGGGAUACUUCAGCUCCUGGUGCCCCCCCUGAGCGAGCUAUUCAGCCAGCAGUGCUGCCAAACCUUGUUGUGAGACGGCCGGGAUCGCCUGCCCCUUCAGUAUCUGGAAUGGCUAUUCAUCCUCCAGGACCUCCUUUGGCGAGGCCAAUUCUUCCACGAGAGAGGGGAGCUGUAGACAGAGUUAUUGAAUACUUAGUUGGUGAUGGGCCUCAAAACAGAUAUGCCUUAAUCUGCCAGCAGUGUUUUUCUCACAAUGGAAUGGCUCUUAAGGAAGAAUUUGAAUAUAUUGCUUUUAGGUGUGCUUACUGCUAUUUCCUGAAUCCUGCCAGAAAAACAAGACCACAGGCACCAAGACUUCAAGAAUUUAACUUUGAGAGGCCACGAACUGACUCUCAAGGCUCAAUUAGUGCUGGACAAGUGACUACAGACGAACAGUUGGAAAACCAAACCUCUGCAGAAACACCAGAAGAGUCUGAGGCCGAAUCACAGGCUACCACAGUUACAGAGGAUAUGGCGGAUGACUUGUGCACUGAGCAGGAAGAUGACAAAAUACCAGAGGAAACACCAGCAGACAAAUCAGCGGAACAAGAGAUUAAGAUGCCAACUGCCAGUGUGGUGGAUGAAAGUGAAGAGUCCCUUAUGGAAACAGAAUGAAUGUAAUAAUGUGCCUCCCAUUUUGUUUAUGGCAGCUUUCUUCCUACUUUACAUCGGUAGUGGAAUAACACUAUUUUAUAAUUCGUUAGCUUGACCUAUCUCACAACAAGAAUAUUGUGCCAUAUCUAUUAUUGGAUGUCCUCAGCUAUACAUAGCACCAGGGUAGAAAUGGCCUGUCAAUCUGUUUUUGUUGGUCAGCUUGCUAGCAUAGGACGGAAGAAAAGUUAAAACCAUGUUUUUUAAUUUACAAUUGAGUAUUUUAUGAAAAUAAGCUUACUGGUUUAUUUAUUUUACAAUUAGUGGUAAGGAAUAUAGGAGGUUUGUGUAGUUUGACAUAUAUAUAUAUAAAUUUUUUUUGUACCAGGAAUAUUUCUUGCUCACUGCAUAUCUGUGAAUGUCUGUUGAAUUGGGACACUGUCAGUACCUACAGCGUGGGAGAGAGUCACAGCAAGCAAUAGAAAGCACUUUUAUAUUACAAAAUAGACACAAUAUGUAUAACAGAUGGUGUGCACUUACACAUUAGGUAAAUGUCCAGAGGUCUCUCUGUAACUAACUUACAGAUUGACUACACGUAAAUUUGUAAUCUGUUUAGUAUUGUCAAUGUUUACAUUAAAAAAAACACAGGAAGACCUUGUAAUGUACUUGAAUGCAGAAUGCUAUUUAUAAUUGAACAACGACGGUACAGGAGUUGGUUGGCGUGCCUUUUGUGUGUUUAUAUUUUGUUAAGUAAAAAUAAAGUCUGAUUUAUUUAGCAUGA